AGUUUCCUGCGGGCUGCUUGAGACGGACUGGUCGCCCUCACAGUAAGAUGUGCUGAAGGGAAGACGGCAUUAUCUACACUUUAGCUGGUCGUCAUGCAGUGGACUGGGCUGCUACAGUGAAGCGUAGUUCAUUUUUUUCCCAGGGAAGAGUGAAUGUCGCAGGCGGAUACCGUGGGUAAAUGAGUAACAGGAUGGAGGGUUCGGCAGGACCAGGUGACAGGGCGAACGGACCCAUCGCAGCGCCCAGCAGUCCGGUGAGCUCGACUCAUGGAGCACCACUGUCCCCGGAAGAGCUGGACGAAGAACCCCAGUCGUCUCUCACAGAUGUCACCCAAAUGUGGAUUAAAUUUGGCAAGACGUUUGCCAUCAUCUUCCCGAUCUACGUCUUGGGAUACUUUGAGUUCAGCUUUAGCUGGGUUCUGAUUGGACUCGCCAUGUUGUUCUAUUGGAGGAAACACCAUGGCAGUAAGGACUACAGGAUAAACCGUGCCUUAGCAUUCCUGGAGCAUGAGGAGAAAGCACUGAAGCAAAGUGUACCCACUGCUGAGUUGCCUCCGUGGGUCCAUUAUCCAGAUGUGGAGAGAGUGGAGUGGCUCAAUAAGACGGUGAAGCAGAUGUGGCCGUUCAUCUGCCAGUUUGUGGACAAGCUGUUCAGGGAGACGAUCGAGCCGGCGGUGAAGGGCGCAAACCCUCAUCUCAGCUCCUUCUGCUUCACCAAGAUCGACAUGGGCGACAAGCCGCUGAGAGUGAACGGGGUCAAGGUUUACACAGAGAAUGUGGACAAAAGGCAGGUCAUCAUGGAUCUGCAGAUCAGCUUUGUCGGAAAUACAGAAAUUGGCGUGGACAUCAAGAAAUACUACUGCAGAGCAGGAAUCAAAAGCAUACAGCUUCAUGGAACGAUGAGAGUGGUGAUGGAGCCUCUGCUGGGGGACAUGCCUCUGAUCGGAGCCCUGUCGGUCUUUUUCCUCAAGAAGCCGUUGUUGGACAUCAAUUGGACAGGACUCACAAACAUGCUGGACAUCCCUGGUGUCAAUGGUUUGUGUGACAACAUCAUCCAGGACAUCAUCUACAACUACCUGGUCCUGCCCAACCGCAUCAACAUCCCCCUGGUGGGGGAGGCCCAGCUGGCUCAGCUCCGCUUCCCCAUUCCCAAGGGCGUCCUGAGGAUCCACUUCCUCGAGGCCCAGGACCUGCUCGGUAAAGACAAGUUCCUAGGGGGUCUGAUCAAGGGCAAGUCAGACCCAUAUGGAGUCCUCGAGAUCGGGACGCAGCUUUUCAAGAGCAAAGUGAUCCACGAGACAGUACACCCGAAGUGGAACGAAGUGUACGAGGCCUUGAUAUGCGACAACACGGGACAGAACAUGAACAUUGAGCUGUUUGAUGAAGACACGGAUAAAGACGACUUCCUGGGGUGCCUGAAGAUGGACUUGGCUGAGGUCCAGAGGUUGCAGAAGGUCGACGAGUGGUUUGUGUUGGAAGAUGUGGCUACAGGAAAGCUCCACAUUAAACUGGAGUGGUUGUCUCUGCUGCCCACACCUGAGAAGCUGGACCAGGCGCUGAUGACCAUCAAAGCCGACCGCGGUCAAGCCAACGACGGCUUGUCGUCCGCGCUGCUCAUCGUCUUCCUGGAUUCAGCCAGAAACUUGCCUCGCAAUCCGUUAGAGUUCAACCAAACGGGGCUGAGGAAGGCCUCGGUCAGUAAGGCCAUCAAGUCUGGUAAAAAAGUGACCAGCGAUCCCAAUCCAUUUGUCCAGUUCACAGUGGGACACAAGUCCUUCGAGAGCAAGACCAGAUAUAAAACCAAUGAACCCGUGUGGGAAGAAUCCUUCACCUUCCUCAUCCACAACCCCAAAAACCAAGAGCUGGAGGUCGAGGUGAAGGAUGAGAAGCACGAGUGUUCGCUGGGAACGUUAACGCUGCCUCUGAGUCGCCUGCUGGAGGCGGAGGAGAUGACGUUGAACCAGCGCUUCCCCCUGAAGAACUCUGGACCGAGCUGCACUCUCAAGAUGAAGAUGGCUCUGCGGGUGUUGUGCCUAGAUAAGGACACGUCCUCGUCUUCAGACUCCACCCCGUCCUCCGUGCAGGUCCGCAAGUCCAGCUCCUCCAGCCCCACCCCACGACCCUCUGUCUCCUCUGACUCCCCCAAGCCUCCCCCCUCCACCUCUGACACCCAACCUCCCUCCACCUCACUGACCGCCCAGGACCUGCUGAACCGACGCAGGGAGGCGGAUGACUCCGUCAGGUCUCCGGGAAGCACAGACUUGGGUCAGGGCGGAGGGGGAGGAGGAGGAGUUGGAGGAGGAGAUCAGAGCCUAGCACAGACCGGGAGGAGCACCUCCAACCUGGCCAUCUCUGAUUUCCAGCAGCAGCUGGCUGGAGGCAAGGAGCCAACGCCCAGCAUCGCAUCGGACAUCUCCAACCCCUACGCUGCUCAGGAGCUGCAGCUGAGACUCCAGCAGCUGCAGAAUGGUUCAGGCCCCAGUCACUUCCCCCUGGGUGAGGUCCAGCUGACGGUCAGGCACAGCUCCCAGAGGAACAAACUCAUCGUGGUCGUUCACGCCUGCAGAAACCUGAUCGCGUUCACCGACCACGGCUCAGAUCCUUACGUCCGCCUCUACCUGCUUCCUGACAAACGGCGGUCAGGCAGAAGGAAAACUCACACGUUCAAGAAAACCCUCAACCCGAUUUACGAUCAGACGUUUGAGUUCACCGUUUCCCUCGUGGAGCUCCACAGGCGGACUCUGGAUGUCGCGGUGAAGAACGGCGGAGGUCUGCUCUCCAAACACAAAGGCCUUCUGGGAAAGGUUCUGGUGGAUUUGACCCACGAUGACAUCAGUAAGGGCUGGACACAGUGGUAUGAGCUGAGUGAAGAUGGAAUGACGAAGCCUCAUCAGCUAUAGACGGCUACGACAUCACCAUCAUCACCAUCAUCACCAUCAUGAUCAUAUCACCACACAUCCACUUUAUACACUUCCAUUAAGUCUUCAGUGUGGCUUUUUUUUUAUUUUCAUUACUCGUACAAAAGGAAACAGAUCAGCAGCUUUUGACAUUUAAUCUCAUCAGUCGCAAGGCGAACCUCCCCUUUAAGAAGUGAAAGGCUGAUAGACUAAAGGGAGUAUGCAACAUGUAGAGUACCAUGUAUUACCCGGUGUACUGCUGUGGAAGUCUGUAUUCUAUAGGAGACCCAGCUGUAGAGGAAGACAAUCUGUUUUAUUUGCUGUUGCAGCAGCAGCUUCCUGCCUCGAGUUUGGCUAAAACGAACGUCGAUGUACAGCUUUGUAAAUACACGAGAUGACGCUGAACAAAACAGAUUCUACCGAUAAGACAGAGGCGUGGGCUCUUACUUGGCCAAAUGAUUGUUUGCAAUUUUAUUUUUGUUUUUUGUAAUGAAAAACGUUCGAGACAAAGUUUGUGCAGCAGAGCAGGCGGUCAGUCGCAGGCAAAGACGCCACCAAAGAGACGAGAAGUAUUUAAUUCUUUGGCCCUGGUGGGAUUUGGUAACGCAGCUUUGGUCCAACGUGAUGAUGUGUGUGUUAGCCAGGUGGACAGAGCUGUAAGUACGCUAACGGUGUGUCCGUUUGACUGCCGGAUUGUUUAGUUUUACUCCAGAGCGUAGAGUGAAAUGAGGCCAUUGUUACCUGUUUGUUUUCUGAAACGGAAUAUUUGCACAUCCGUCUGGGAUCUUCUUCUCGGUUGCCGCCUAAACAUUGUCUAAAUUGAUCUAGCAGAAAUAUUUGUUUGUUUUAGCAGAUUUUUACUGAAGAUUUAUAAAAAUUCAAGUGUCAAGUCUUGAAAUAAUAAAAAAUAAUAACCUUUUUAAGAUGAUUGUUUUGGGCAUGUUUGCCUGUCUGUGUGGCAGGUGAAGAGGCAGACAGGAAAUGGGCGGAGAGACGUGCACCAAAGGUCGAUGGGUGGAAUCGAACAGGCGACUCUUUUGAGGUGGUUAGCUUAGCUUAGCAUGUAAACAGAGAAACAGUCGGCCUGAUUCUGUCUGUAGGUAAUGAAAUCCACCACCACCUAACAAGUUGUGGUCUUGCAGGGAUUUCCUGUAUGUGCUGGACUCAAUCUAAGAGACAGCGAGACUCCAGGAAGUCCCAGCACCCCGCCACAGUAAACCCCAAUCAGCUAAACUUUGGUUUAAUGUGCUGAUCAGUGAGGUUGUCUUCAGUCUGAGCUAAACAGGAUGUUUCCCUGCAGUUCAAGUCUUGAUGCUAAGCUAAGCUAACCAGUUGCUCACUUUAUGUUUAUGUUUUCCUUUUUUAUUUUUAUCAAACUGUUGAUAAAGACACAAAAAGCAGAUUUCCAAGAAUGCUGAACUAUUCCUUUAAAGUAAUUCCUGCAUCAUUCGUUCAUCUAAAGGAGGGCUGGGGCCCACAGGCCGGAGUUGGUCCGUUUGAGGCUCAGAUCAACCCUCCAGAUGUUUCAAGUGAAAAUUGAUUUAAACAUGUUAUAAUUAUGUUUAUACUGUUUUAUUUUUGUGAGGUAAAAUGCUCUUUAAAUGUACUGAAUCCCUAAUUAUUAAUUGUUUUUCACAAUCUGAGCACAGCGGGCAGAAGGACACUUUGCACAGGAAGUCCGUCAGUUAAGGGAACUUCUGCUCCGCCUGGAAACAAUUUGCAUCAUCAUCAUUUAGUCAGUGUUUGUUUUUGGCCGUCCAAAGGGAAAACGUUUGCACACCCCUGAUUUAAAGCUACUGUGUUAGAAGGUUAAAGUCCCCACUUUGGCGCCCUCCAGUAAUAAUACAGGGAAAACUAAAUUCUCAAAUAAAUUCUCUUAAUCUACCUUCAUUAAUUCAAAUUGUUCCACUGGAAUCGAGUUUUUCCUCCAUCAAGAAAACACUUCCUGCCAGCUUUCCACAUUAAAAGUCUUUCAGUUUUCCCUUCAUCAGUAAUAAUGGUCGAAGGUUUUUAGUCUGUCCUGUAUUUGGACAGACAACCUUCACUUUUUUAUGAGAAUUAACGAUUUACACACCUGCACAAACACAGAGGUGAAAGGGCUGAAAACAUCACCAAGACAGCACAAAUUUAUGCAACAAAACUGCAGAAUAAUUAAAAAGAUGCUUUAAUCUCCAGAAAAAUUUGAGAAAUAUUGGCUUCAAAAAGUGAGGAAUAUUCAGAAUGUUCUUCCCUAAGACUUGGUGUCUAAAUGGGCUUCAUUUCGCGGGUCACUGGUGUUUGUUCCGUUGGGGUUGAUAUGAUAAACUCCACUUCAGUCAUUGUGAGUCGUUCGCUUUUUGUUUAUGAAUCAACAGUCUUAACCAAAGUUUCAUUGUUCCUUGUGCCUCGUCUGUUGAAGUUGCACAGAAAAUAUGCAGAGCCUGAAGCAGGACUCACCUGUGAGUGUUAAAAAGUCAUUUACCUUUUCUUUCUUAGCUGUACGUGCACUUUUCAUCACGUUAAAACACUUUAGAGCGAAGGGAUUUUUAUGUGUAACAAACAUAAUGCAGAUGUUUUCCCACAGGAGGAUCUCUGACGUUUAGACUUUGCCUUUUUGUGCAUUAAGGAAAUAUUUUACUCAUAUGUAAGUUAACUGUGCCGUUCUGCAUUGUCGUGGUCUUUGCUUGUAUUUCCCAGCCGCCACCCUCUUUUGUCCUCUUGUGUGUUUUAUUUUGAAAGAAUCACAGCGAUUGUCUGUAAGCCACAGGACUUUUUUGCCCCUGAAAGACGUUUUGUUUUCUCUGUCUUCUUAAUUUCUCUUGUGCCUUAAAGUCCACACGUCCCAGAGAUAAUCAACAUGUGACAAAAUGCUCCAGCAGUUCGCCAUGUUUCAGAAUGUCUCCUCAAUGUCUUUCAGAACCAAUAAAGAGCUUUGGCUGCAGCACGAAGCCGUGCAGGACUGUGGCUUCUGGUCCUUCUUUUCAUCCAUCACUGCAGAGAAACUUGUCUGGUCACGUUAAUAUUGUACAACGUGUUUUAUCUGAACUUAUUGGGGUCCUGGAGAUUUAAAAUAAUCCAGUAAUUCACACUCACGACGCAAAGAUUAAAUAAAGAAAAAUGACUUCUUGUCACGU